CUUAUAUUUACGUAUUUGAAUGACGUAGAGGGAAGUUCUGUUUCACACUUCCUCUUUGUUCUAUUUGGAACGGAGCAGUAAAGUGUCAUGGAACAAAGUUGUAUAAGUUCCACUUCAGCGCUAUUUCUUCGCGAGCAGAUGCUCCAUUCAGUCAGAAGAACAGCUCUCUUGAGGGUCAUUUUGGAGCAGAAUGUCGAGCCUGUAUCACACUAUCAGUCAGAUCACUGAUGAGCUCAGCACUGAUGAAUGCAAGCGCAUCUCUUACCUGUGCGGCACUCUCGACACGGACAAGUUCUCUACAGAUCCCAGAGGCAUGUUACGGACUCUACUGUGUCAGACGAGGAUGGAUUACUUGUUUCUCAUGGAGCUCAUUCUGAAGAUAAAACGCUAUGAUCUGCUGCGAGAAGUGCUGAGCACCAACAAGAGCACGGUUGAGGGACUGCUGAAAAACAACCAUUCUGUGUCAGAAUACAGAGUACUGAUGGCUGAUGUUAGUGAGGACAUGGACACAGAGGACCUGAAGUCGUUGGCGUUCUUGCUGAGAGGAACUUUACCCAAACAUAAACUGGAAAAUGCCAAGAGUUUUUUAGAUGUCGCAGUGGAGCUGGAGAAACUCGACCAGCUCUCCAGUGAGAAGAUGGACUUGAUCGAACACUGCCUGAGGUCCAUCCAUAGGGCCGAUCUAGCUAAAAAGAUCAGUCACUACCAGCGGACAGUGCUAAUGACCAAACAAGGAUCUUCGCCUCCAGACAGACUGCAGUUCUGCCGAAUGCCUUCACCAAGUGGCUCAUUUGGUGUCUCAACAGCUUCUUGUAAUGUGAGGCCCAUUUCCAAACUCUAUGAUAAACCGACAACAGUGAAGAAGGAACUACUUGGCUCUCGCUCCUAUUGUCAGCAGGAGGACGGGUACAGUAUGCAGAGUGAGCCCAGAGGAGUGUGUUUAAUCAUAGACUGUGUCGGCUCUGAAGCAGAUGAGCUGGAGCAAACAUUCCAGGCGUUAAACUUUCAUGUGAUCACGCACAAGCUGCUGAGUGUGAGAGACGUGCAGUCUGCUCUGAGGGAAGUGGCUCAUCAGCAGGGGCACUACAGAGCGUCUGCGUUCAUCUGCUGCGUCAUCAGCCGAAGCCGCUCGUCAGACCUGCUGGCCACUGACUCUCACGGUCCAGGACUGAACCUGGACACUGUCAGACGCCUCUUCUCCUCAGACUCCUGCCCGGGCCUGGCAGGCAAGCCUAAACUCUUCUUUAUCCAGAGCUAUGAAGAGUCCGAGGCUCAGAGGUGUGUUGGGUGUAUGGGCUGUGAAGAUGAGGAGGGUGGAGAGCUGGAGACAGACGCACCUGGGCUCUUAUGCUCCAAGAGGACCGUCCCAGUGGACGCGGACAUCUUCUGGAGUCACUGCCUGACUAAAGGACAACAGCUGGAGGUGCCAAACCAUCAUUCUGUGUACCUGAGAGCCUUGAGAUCCUCCUUAACUGAGGGCCAGAAGAGGAGGACUCAUUUGGUAGAUGUGCACAUGGCGGUGAAUCGGGCGGUAUACGAUCACAAUCACAAAUCUCCAGAAUCCUCUUACUUUUUAAAUCUGAGACACACUCUCAGGAAGAAAGUCUAUUUGUCAUGAUUCUGUCAUGAUUCCUCACGUUUAAGUGAAGGGAGGUGAUUAUACAAGAACAGUUGAUGUUUGAGGAACGAUGGCCAUCACAAUGAUGUCGACAUGAAUUGUAUCAAUUAUGAUAAGCGGUGUUUCAGUAAAUAAAUCUCAGUCAGGUUUUGUAAUUGUAGUUCUUAUAUUGUCCACAUGCCGGCAGUGUUGUCCAGUGUUGGCAGUGAACUUGUUCAACUUUUUUUUCUUUCUUUUUUUGCGUUAUAUUAUUAUACAAAUAUUUACAUUUUAGCCUAGUUUUUUUAAAUGCAUAUAUUUAUAUUUUAUAUGCAUAUUUAUUGUCAUACUGUGUGUUUAUCAUUCCAC